CCAGGCUCCGCCUCUAUCCGGAAGUUGUUGGUCAGGAGACUUGUUUAGUUUGAGGAGCUUGUUCUGCGCGGCGCUUUCAUUGAUUAAAACUUUUUCGUCUCUUCUCUCCCUCAUGGAUGAAACGAGUCCGCUCGUGUCUCCUCUGCGCGACUCCGCCGACUUCGGAGCGUUCUCCGGUGAGCCGGCGAGUCCCCGGGGCGGAUUUGGCGGUGCGCCGGGCACGGUGAUCCGCGUCCCGGCGGGGAGUCCUGGGCGCAGCCGGGAGAGGCAGCCGUUGCUGGAGCGCGACCGGAACCGGGGUGGAUCUCCGCGGGGGCUGCACAGAAACGAGUUCCCGGAGGAUCCCGAGUUCAGGGAGAUCAUCCGCAAGGCGGAGAGAGCCAUCGAGGACGGGAUCUACCCCGAGCGGAUCUACCAGGGCUCCAGCGGGAGCUACUUCGUCAAAGACUCGCACGGGAAGAUCAUCGGCGUGUUCAAGCCGAAGAACGAGGAACCGUACGGUCAGCUGAACCCCAAGUGGACCAAGUGGCUGCAGAAGCUGUGCUGCCCCUGCUGCUUCGGUCGAGACUGCCUCGUCCUCAACCAGGGAUACCUGUCUGAGGCUGGAGCUAGCCUGGUGGACCAGAAACUGGAGCUCAACAUCGUGCCAAGGACCAGGGUGGUGUAUUUGGCGAGUGAGACGUUUAACUACAGUGCCAUCGACAGGGUGAAGUCUCGGGGGAAGCGGCUCGCUCUGGAGAAAGUGCCAAAAGUGGGGCAGCGUUUCCACAGGAUCGGCCUGCCGCCUAAGGUCGGCUCCUUCCAGCUCUUCGUAGACGGUUAUAAAGAUGCGGAUUUCUGGCUGCGGCGGUUUGAAACCGAGCCGUUGCCUGAAAACAACAACCGUCAGCUCCAGCUCCAGUUCGAGAGGCUGGUGGUGCUGGAUUACAUCAUCAGGAACACAGAUCGAGGCAACGACAACUGGCUCAUAAAGUACGACUGCCCCAUGGACACAUCAGGGAACAGGGACAGUGACUGGGUGGUGGUGAAGGAACCUGUCAUUAAAAUAGCAGCCAUUGACAACGGCCUGGCGUUUCCCCUUAAACACCCAGACUCCUGGAGAGCCUACCCGUUCUACUGGGCGUGGCUGGCUCAGGCCAAGGUGCCGUUCUCUCAGGAGAUCAAAGAGCUCGUCCUGCCCAAACUGUCUGACCCCAACUUCAUCAAGGACCUGGAGGAGGAUCUGUAUGAGCUCUUCAAGAAAGAUCCAGGAUUUGACAGAGGCCAGUUCAACAAACAGGUUUCAGUAAUGAGAGGACAGAUCCUGAACCUGAUCCAGGCGCUGAAGGACGGUAAAUCCCCCCUGCAGCUGGUGCAGAUGCCCCCCGUGAUCGUGGAGUCGGCUCGAGCACCGCAGCGCGCUAACAGCGACUCCUACACGCAGAGUUUCCAGAGCAGACGGCCGUUCUUCACAUGGUGGUGAUGCGCGGGGGCGGGGCUAACCCGAGACACGCUGCUCUUCCUCGCGAACUGAACAGAGACGGUACUGAGACGAGAGAAGCAGAGGACCGCUUCCUUUUAGCCUUUUUCCCCCCCCGAAUCAAAUCGGCGAUUCCUGCUCUGUAAAGAGGAACUUUACCUUAAUGAAGGUACACUGACCUGCUACACUGUUUGCACAUGUACACACGCGUGCACGCAGACACACUUCGUUUUACCGCAAUCACAUCGCCGAUGGACGUGCACGCAAACCUGCAGCGCGUUCAUCCACGCGCUCUGUCGCCCCCUGGCUGUGUGGAGGAUGAGCUGCAUGUCCAUCACCACUUCAACUGACAACAAAACGCCAAAACGCAUCGCCCUCGAGCUUCUCUUGCCAUUUCACACUUAUUUAUUAUUUUUGUUUUAACAUCUUUGCCAACUUCUGUUGGAAUAAUGCUGCGGCUUCUGCCUUCUGCCUCGCCUGUGUUUUAUUUUACAAUUUUUUUCCCCUACAUCAGGCGUCCGAGGCUGUCCGAGUCUGACUGAGCAUGUGCAGAAGCACGCCCUGUUGGUUUUGAAAAGCAGACACUUUAAUGAAAUGCAUUAACUUCAGUGAGUCAAAAACACUGACCUGAUAAUGUCAUGGCGAUGCACUGUAUACAUUUGUAUGUAUUGUAAUUUAGCAAGAAAAUAUAAGUUAUAAAUAACAGGACCAGGAAA